ACACCUGAUAAAGAAAAUGAUCAGCAAAGUUGUCAUAUCUUUCUUCGCGAUAAUCGCCUUAGUGCAGCUGGCUGAGGCCGCGAAGACGGUCGCUGAAUGCGAAAAGCAGAUGCCAUCAUCGUUGAAAGGGCGGCUGUGUGAACUUCGUCAGUACAAAAUCAUCGAUGGCCAGGAUAUGGAUAAGCACAUGGACUGCGUCAUGAAAACCAUAGGAUUUGUCGACAAGGAUGGUCGCGGAGAUUACCACAAGCUGAUCAAGCCUCUAAAUGCCAUCGAGAAGCAUAAGAAGCACGACUUCAACCUGGAGACUUGUAUGGGAAAAACGUUUCGACUACCGAACGCAGGCAGCCGAGCGAACGCAUUCUACAAGUGCAUGCUGCAGUCCGAUUCGGCGGAGUCGUUCAAGAAGGUGUUCGAUCUGACCGAGCUGAUCCUGGCGGGCAAACUUUCGGCAGGUGCUCAGUACGACAACAAAGCGGCCAACAUGAUGAAGAAAAUUGAUGCGAAAAUUUGCAAGUAAUUUAGAGCAGCAAUGUUUGAUGGAAGUCAGUCGUCAGACUAAUAAAUUGCAUAAUGGUGGUGGAUACUAAAAAUGGA